UACCCACGAGAUCAGAAUACCAUAUUCAUGCGCUUGAUCGCACUACCGAGCACAAUUGUCCCAGAGCCACAACUUGUUGAAUCCACCUCGAAUACUCCGGUAUCCACGUAGCAUUCGACCAGCAGCGAGCUUCCCCACUUUCUUGUUGCGCAUCGUCUUCUGCUUCCGAGUUAUACUGGGUGUCAACACGAACACCAGCAAGCACAGCCAGAUUCCUGGCCUGUGCACCAUCUCCUUCGUUACAAGAUGCCGGACAAAAUCUUGGACGACAUCUCUCAUCGACGGUACAACCCUCUCCGCGGAAGCUGGAUCCUGGUGUCGCCGCAUCGCACAAAGAGACCAUGGCAAGGACAGCAAGAAACUCCCGGCGUGAUCGACCUACCAUCCUAUGAUCCCAAAUGCUAUCUGUGUCCGGGCAACGAAAGAGCCUCGGGCGAUACCAAUCCCGACUACAAAGACACCUUCGUCUUCGUGAACGAUUACAGCGCUGUCAAGGAGGAACAAGAAGACUACUCCUCGCCCGAAGCUGCGGGAACACUUUCAAACCUCCUACUGAAAGCCCAGCCAGUAACAGGGAAAUGCUAUGUUUUGACGUUUAGCGCUGCUCAUAACAUUACUCUCGCAGACAUGUCUCCGUCCGAAAUCGUACCCAUCAUCAAGACCUGGACGGACAUAUAUACAGCACAUAUAUCACCCAAGUCACCUCUGGCUGCGCUGGCCAAGCCUACCCACCUCCCUCCCUCCAAUCAUCACGCACACGUCGGGACCCCGCAAGAACAAUAUCGAUGGAUGCAAAUCUUUGAGAACAAGGGCGCGGCGAUGGGUUGCUCGAAUCCACAUCCGCAUGGACAGAUCUGGACAACCACAACACUUCCUGAGGAGCCGGCGCUUGAGUUGGAGCACUUGAGGAAAUAUCAUCGUGAACAAGGCGGCGGGCAUAUGCUGGUCGACUAUGCGCGUCUGGAGCGAGAAAAGAACGAACGCGUGGUUUUUCAGAAUGAGACGUUCCUGGUCGUAUGUCCCUGGUGGGCGACGUGGCCAUUCGAAACCAUGAUUCUUCCAGUCAAGCACAUUCGCUCCCUCAUUGACCUCAGCGGAAAAGAACAAUUGGACCUUGCGGAAGCCAUCUCGGAGGUGACCAGGAGAUAUGACAAUCUUUUCGAAACAAGCUUUCCGUACAGCAUGGGUAUACACCAGGCGCCUCUCGACGGCAGCAAUGAGGAGAUUGAGUGCGCCAGUCUUCACCUACAUUUCUACCCUCCACUUCUGAGAAGCGCAACCGUCCGAAAAUUCCUCGUCGGGUACGAGAUGAUGGCAGAACCACAGAGAGAUAUCACACCAGAGCAAGCUACCGUCAGGCUGCAAAAUUGCGGUGAAGAAUUGUACAGAAAAAAGCUUCAAGGAGAAGGAGAGAAGGUCCAGAAUCCUCCUGCGCCAGAGAUACCUGAGCCAUGAUAUACGC